AAAACCAAACCACCCCCCCAAAAAAAAGCUCUCUGACCUGACCGCGACGUAAAAAGGAAGGGAAAAAGCCGCCAUGAGAGCGCCGGAUGAUCAGGAAGACGAUGACCCCGUGGCCAUCUGCAACCGCCUCCUCUCCUCCCUCGCCUCCGAAAUCCCCCGCGCCCUCCACUUCAAGCCCAAGUGGUCCCUCCUCCGCUCCCACCUCUGCCUCCUCCCUUCCCUCCUCCCGGACCUCUCCCCGCACCACCCACUGUCCCUCGACCUGCUCCGCUCCAUCUCCCACUCCCUCCGCCGCUCCCUCUCCCUGGCCCUCAAGUGCCAGCUCCCCUCCCUCCCCGACGGCAAGCUCCACACCCAGAGCGACCUCGACUCCUCCCUCUCCCUCCUCCUCCGCCACCUCCACGACUGCGACGUCCUCCUCAAGAGCGGCCUCCUCCUCCUCCUCCCCCCCGACCCUUCCACCUCCUCCUCCUCCGCCCUCCUCUCCAAGCGCGAGUCCGUCCGCGUCCAGUCCCGCGACCUCGUCACCCGCCUCCAGAUUGGCGCCCCCGACUCCAAGAACUUCGCCCUCGACUCCCUCUCCGCCCUCCUCGCCGAGGACGACAAGAACGUCAUCAUCGCCGUCGCUCAGGGCGUCGUCCCCGUCCUCGUCAAGCUCCUCGAUUCCGGCUCUCUCGAGGUCAGGGAGAAGGCCGUCGCCGCCCUCUCCAGGGUUUCCACCGUCAACAGCAGCAAGCCCGUCUUGAUUGCGGAGGGCCUCUUGCUCUUGAACCACCUGCUCCGCGUGCUCGAGUCCGGGAGUGGUUUCGCCAAGGAGAAGGCCUGUGUUGCCCUCCAGGCCCUCAGCUAUUCCAAGGAGAAUGCCAGGGCUCUCGGCACCCGGGGCGGCGUCUCCUCGCUCUUGGAAAUCUGCGUGGCCGGCACCCCGAGCUCGCAGGCUUCCGCCGCUGGGGUUCUCCGAAAUCUGGCCACUUUCCCGGAAAUUAAGGAGAACUUUAUGGAGGAGAACGCGGUCGUGGUCCUCCUGGGACUCGCGUCUUCAGGGACUGCUCUGGCCCAGGAAAAUGCAAUCGGGUGUCUCUGCAAUUUGAUAGCCGGCGACUCCGAUUUGAAGCUUACGGUCGUCAGAGACAAGGGGAUUGAGUGCUUGAAGAACUACUGGGAUUCGGCUCCGAGCGAACGGAGUCUUGAAGUCGCGGUCGAGUUGCUGGGCCAGCUCGCAUCGUGCCAGCCGAUUGGGGAAGCUCUGGUUUCGGAGGGGUUCAUCGCUAGGUUGCUGUCGGUUUUGGACUGCGGAGUGCUGGGCGUGCGGAUUGCGGCGGCCCGAGCUGUUUGUGAACUGGGUUUCAGCCCGAAGACCAAGAAAGAAAUCGGGGAAUGCGGGUGCAUUGCCGCAUUGAUCAAGAUGCUAGAUGGUAAGGCCGUCGAGGAGAAAGAGGCGGCCGCCAAGGCAUUGUCCAAUCUCUUGCUCUACGCCGGGAAUCGGAAGAUCUUCCGCAAGGACGCCAAAGGGGUGACGAGCGCGGUCCUGCUCUUGGACCCUUCGAUUCAGAAUCUGGACAAGAGAUACCCCGUAUCCAUAUUGACAUCGCUAGCGCAUUCUAAGAAGUGUAGGAAGCAGAUGGUGACCGGGGGGGCAUGUGCUAAUCUGCAGAAACUGGUGGAGAUGGAUGUGGAGGGUGCCAAGAAGCUGUACGAUAGCAUCAGCCGCGGCAAGAUAUGGGAUGUGUUCACCAGACCAUAGUCCAGAUUUCUUGAGCGGAAGCUGAUCUUGGUGACUGUAGAGGAAAGAUUAAUUUGUCCAUUUCCUUGUAUGUACGUUAGUCCUCCUUUUACUUCCGCUUUUUUUUUUUCCACUAUUUACCUGUGUUUGUUUGUUCGUUCGUUCGUUCGUUCGUUCGUUCAAAGCGAGGAGUCCUUGUUAAUAAAUCUGUUUAACUGCCCAAAGAAAAUAGUACAGAACCUCAGUGGGUGACCUAAGUCACCUAACUGGGUUGACGUUUCCUGGGUUUUGCAAAGGAGCCCCCAAUAAGUAGUGUUUCUCUGUUUGAUUAAUUUGGUUCCUUCUUCCUGGUAGGCUUUUGAAGUCUUCCUCAACACCCCAAAGCGAUGUCGAUGAUUAUGCAAUCUCCAGAGCUUCCUCU